AUGGACGUUUGUGGCCAAUGCGGGCCACUGGGUUUGCAUGAAGCGGCAGCAUUUUUAAGUGGUGGCCCUGGCGAGAUGGGCCUCGUGUCGCGCAAUCCUAACUCCCCCACACCAGGUGGCGAUCCACACCAUCCUCUGCUACAUCCACACGACCAACACUACUCGCCGCAUCUACAACAACAGCAGCAACAGCAACUGCAUCAAGCUCUACAGCAGCAACAAUCUUUCGCCCGAUUUCAACAACAAGUCGCGUUGAGGCAACAUUCUCACCAGCAACAACAACAACAGCAACAACAGCAACUUCAACAACAACAACAACUUCAACAACAGCAGCAGCUGCAACUACAAACAAAUGUUCCUGUUUCCUCAGUGCAACAACAAAACACGCCGACUGGUCAGACGGAACUUCCGGCUGAGAUAUGGUGA